AUGGCUGUGCAGUUUCUAGAAGACUGGUGUAAGGGCCUGAAUAUUGAUCCCUUAAAAGCAAUAUUGGUCACCCAAAUAGCUGAGGGUUGUGAUGAGGAUGUUAUUAAAGAAAAAGUGUGUGACGUUGAAGCUCUGAGUCAGUGCCAGGUGCGAGGGCUCUUCUAUAGGCGAGAAGACAAGGCUUAUGCUGCCUUAGUUGAAGUGCAAGCGUGGGGAACAUUAGAGAUUCCCCACAUGAUUUCUACUAGCUAUGGAGAAUGGAAACUUGUAAUCUACAGGACUUUCCCCCCCAACCAAGAUGUGGAAUUUCUCAAGAAACUUAAGGAUUUCCUAGAACGUGAGGGGAAGAGCAUUCCUGAUGUGGAAGGACUGUUACAGCCGCCUACGCUAACAACUGCCACAGAAGCCACUGCCUCCACCAUUGCUGUGAUAGAAGCCAUGGGGAAGAUGUUGGGGAAAGUUUUGCAGCCUCAUCCUGAAGCUACUCCCUACAGAAGGCUGAGGAUCUUUUCUGGCAGAAACCCUCCAGGGCCUGGGGAGGAAGAAUAUGGAGCCUGGAUCCAGCAUGUUAAAGUAAUGAUGCAAGAUUGGCAGGUACCAGAGGCUGAGAAGAGAAGGCGUUUAACGGAGAGCUUGAGAGGGCCUGCUUUGGAGGUUGUACACAGCUUGAUGACAACUGACCCACGGGUUGAUGUACAGGCAUGUUUAGAUGCCCUGGAGUAUACAUUUGGGAGUAUGGAGAGUGCUAAGGACCUUUUGUGUAGAUUUCACACCACUAUGCAGAAGGAAGGGGAGAAGCUGUCUGUAUAUGUGCAGCGAUUAGAGAAAAUACUACAGCAACUCAUCCGAAAGGGUGGACUGACCCCAGGACAGAUGGAUAAGGAAAGAGUUGCUCAAGUACUGAAAGGGACCCUCUGUGAUGAACUGUUAUUAGUAAAUAUCCGCAUGAGGGAGCAACAAGAAGAGCCUCCAACAUUUUCCCAGCUGAUGAAGGAAAUUCGAGAGGAAGAAGAAAAACAGGCUAUUAAAGCAGCUUGUAGGAGAAAGGGACCCACCCGAUCGGCAUCCUCUCCAUCAGCAGUAUCAUUUCCAACCAUGGCAAAUGAACCCCCUGCUGAACUGGAUGAACCAGUGGCUGUAUUCCAAAGUGUGGAAAGAAGCAGUGGUCUCAAAGUCCAAAAGGGAACCCAAAGGAGAGAUUUGCAGGGGCCUAAACCUGCACCACCUGCUACACCUCAGGGAAGAGGAGGAAAGACAUUUUUUUGUUAUAAGUGUGGAAAUGAUGGCCAUAUAGCUAUCAGGUGUCGAAAUGAGGAAAACUCUACUCUGGUUCUGCAGCAACUCCGUAGUACCUGGGAAAACCAGGGAAACGAGAACUAG